CCUGUAUGCUAAACUCUUGUCGUCGACGUAACAGCAAACUGACAGCCUUGAGUGGCAUUGCAGCUGGAUUGAGAUGGCGUUUAUUUAUUGGUGAAUUUAUAUUGUGAAAUAUGACAACAAGUGGGAACAUAUCUGCAUUCGCAGAGUAAUCUCGGAUGCUUCAGUUGUCACUUUUUUCUAUUCUGUUCCCUGAGCCUUCUUCCGAUUCCUUAUACUUGCCUCUAGACGCUCAGACGCAUACUACCUUCAGAUACCAAGUGGAUCGAGACCAGCCAAGACGUAAAAGACAAGGCGGGCAUCACGCGGUACAAGCUUUUCAGAAACGACUCCAACUGGGUAUGGAACAUCCACCUUGGAGUUCACCAGCACGACAAACUACCACUACUUCUUCCUCCACGACUCGACCGGCGACAGAUAUAGUUGCAACACGUGGAGCAUCGGACAUCCCUUUGUGCGGUUCAACUCGGAGGACCUGACGAUUUUGUAUAUCAGCGGUUCGUGAUUUCUGAUAUGUAAAGUAACCAACCUAACUCGAGGUAUGGUUUCUUCCGACAUCGUAUGGUAUAUCCCGAGAAGGAAAAUGGGAGAGAAGGGCGUUGGGGGUUCGAAGAGAGAGAGAGAGAGGAUGAAACGGGGUAAUGGAUCAAGAGAGACAAUAGUAUACGUAAUAAAGAGAUAAUAAUAUACAUAUUAUUUU